CGUCACCGUCACCGUCAGCUCCCAUUGGCUGCGCCGCGCUUACUCAACUUCCCAAAGGAGGAAACAGCCAGAAGUCUCCCAAAAAAGGGGAGGAAAAAAAGUUGCUCGGCUGUUGGGGCUGAUGUGAGCGGAGCUGGUGCGUCCUGGAGCGCUUAAGCGAGAGAUUGAUUGAGUGGUCUGGAGUGAAAGAAGAAGGAGGCGGUCGCGGUGGUGGGACUCCGGGCGGCACCUCUCUGGACAGGGAUCCUUGCGAGGUUGCGCCGCGAUGGCUUCUCCUUCCAAGGCGAAGGAGGUUCUCUCCUCCUCGGACGAAGAGGGCCCCGCCGCUGGGGCUGAGGAUCACCACAAAGUCAAGGUCUCCAGUUUGCCUUUCAGUGUGGAAGCGCUCAUGUCUGACAAAAAGCCCCCCAGAGAGGUGAGCGCAGGAGGCAUCGAAGCGGCUGGCUUGGGCACCUCCAGGAACCUGCUCUUGCCCGCUCACGUCUCCCGGGAAGCUCCCAGCCCCGGGGGACUUACAAAAACCUUCGAGACUUCGUCGGUUAAAUCCGAGAAUUCCGAGGAUGGCACUGCGUGGAUGCCAGAGGCCGGCAGAUACUCCCCUCCCCCAAGACACCUGAGUCCCACAGCCUGCACACUGAGAAAACACAAGACAAACCGGAAACCUCGAACACCUUUUACCACCUCCCAGCUGUUGGCUUUAGAGCGCAAAUUCCGUCAGAAGCAAUACCUCUCGAUUGCUGAAAGGGCUGAGUUUUCCAGCUCGCUGAACCUCACAGAGACCCAGGUCAAAAUCUGGUUCCAGAACCGGAGAGCCAAGGCAAAGAGACUGCAGGAAGCAGAGCUGGAGAAGUUAAAAAUGGCAGCCAAGCCCAUGUUGCCUUCUGGGUUCAGCCUCCCUUUCCCCAUCAACUCCCCCCUCCAGGCAGCCUCGCUCUAUGGAACAACGUAUCCCUUUCACAGACCUGUGCUUCCCAUCCCACCUGUAGGACUCUAUGCUACUCCUGUUGGAUAUAGCAUGUACCACUUAUCAUAAGAAGAUCAUCAAGCAAAGCAGCAAUGCAAUAGACUUCCUGGUGGAUCUUGCCCAGUCCCAAGAGUGCAGUACAAAACCAGUAGUGGUCAUUUUCCUGCAUGUUUGUAUGUGCCUUAUCGAGUAUAUAGGAGUUUGAAAGCAAAGCAGAGCCUGUAUUCUGCAGCUUGGGGAACCAGCUAGUUGUGAUCUCAACUCUCAGAAUCUGAUCCUGAAAGAAAGGUUUUUUUUGAACAUACAUGCUUAAACUAAUAUAGUUUGUUUAUACUGCACAUGGGGGUGAGGAAUCAAUCAUUAAAUCAAGAAUUUCACACACACACACACACACACACACACACACACACACACACACACACGUUCCCAGUGGCUAUCAAGUCAUGGGAUUUUUAAAAGUGGGAACAGAACAUUGUUUAAAAUGAAAAGGUGGCAUCCUGAUCCUAUGCAUGUUUACUCAUAAGUAAGUCUCACUGUAUGCAAUGGUGGUUACUCCUAAUUGAGUGCAUGUAGGUAGGAAUACCGCCUUUAGUUUGUUGUUUGACUGGGUGGGGGAAUAUACUUGAGUUCAGUUUAUAAAGGAAUAAACCCAAAAUAAAACUAAAGUAAUAGCCAAACUGGGCCAGUUUCUACAUUUCCCCAUGGAUCUUACACAACAACCACUCCGGUUGUUAAAACUGAAGUGUAAGCAGUUUACCGGUUCAGAAUGCAAAACAGAGAACUAGCUGGACCUUGGUCUGAUCCAGUAAGGUGAUUCUGGGAUUCUUUGAAUACAGUUGUUUAAAAUGGCAAUCCUGAAAUACUUGCUGUAGAAUCGUUCCAUGGAAAUAACUGGGAUUGACCCAAAGGAAGUAGUGUAAGGAUUUCUAUGCAAAGGACUGAUGCCAAUAAUAAUUUCCCAAUCCUUAGCUAGAAGUGGAUUCUUGUUCAUAAGCAUCACAUAAGGAGUGGGGGGGGGGGGGUAUGCAAUGGCGAAGGAGGGCCGAAAGGUUUGAAAGAGUUGUGUCUUGAAUUGAUUCCAUUCGUCCUUGUUUGCUGAAUAAUUGCCACUUAAGUCCAUGGACACUUGGCUUUUUGAUGAUAUCAGGAAAAAAUAUGAUAGAGGUAUGAAGUGUAACUUCAGAGGUGUGUGUGUAUUUGUCCACUGUGUGUGUGUGCGUGCGCGUGUGCGUGCAGAGUUACUAUCAAAACCAUGUUGCAGAGUUGUUUUAUUGCAAUAGUCUGUGCUUUAACCAUUAUUAGCUUGUAAAAAGGAAUUAUGCUUAAACAUUUCCUGAAACACCCAUCGAUCCAGAAAACCAAACAAGCCUAUAGAACCAGAUAGUGCCACCCACUCUAAAGAUGGGGCUACCCACCCUUUCUUUUCAUUUGUGCAUGGAGGGGAGAGGGAGAGUGCUGGUUUAGCAUCCUUGGUACUAUAUAACCCAUUUUUAUUACUCUAAUUAUUUUAUGAUUAUUACUAUUGCUAAAUUUUGUGGUAAAAUGUCAAUAGAGGAUGCAGAUUGCUGAAGACAGGACUUUUCCGGGAUGUAUUUCUGGCAUGUUAUAAAAAGAAUCGGAGCCACAAGAUUCACCCCCCCCCUUCCCUCACCCUGCUACAGGCUGUGUUGUUGUGAACCCUGACCAUUAGCUCCAUUCUACCCUUUUACACCCAGCAUAUUAAAAUCCCUUUGAAAGGGACGCCUUGUACAAUUUUAUAUAUUUUAUUGAAGAUUUAUUAUUUCUUAUCUGUUUUAUUUAGAAUUAAAUUAAAAAACCUUGUUUAA